AUGGUCGAGAUAGUGGUUCCCGAGGUUGAGAAACCUGCUUUGGAGAUCCAGACAGCAGUGGAUGAGAACCAUGACGAGCAGUUUCAGAAGUUCGGUUUGAAUGUAAUCCAAGAUGGAGAACAGGAGCCGAACCCUGAUGACGCUUCAAAUCAUGAGACCCCAGUUGUUCCUUUUGAUGUCAUUCUUGUUCACGGAAUCUAUGGUUCAAGUCCAAAUUCGUGGACAACUGAAGGAUCUGACACAAUAUGGAUCAACAAAGCCCUUGCUGGCGCAUCAGAGAACAAAGGACGAAUAUUGUCCUACGGUUAUCGUACAGAUAUCGAGGCUGGGAGAUACUACACUCCCUGCGGUGUCUAUCAAGAGGCGGAAGCUCUUUUGGAAGCUCUUCGAAAGCUGCGGACAUCCGAGAUCAUGGAGACUAGACGGCCGAUACAUUUCUUUUCUCACGAUGUUGGAGGGACUAUCGUGAAGGCGGCGAUGGCGCUGGCUUCUAGCGCCCACGACAAGUACGCUGAUAUACUGUAUUGUACACGUGCUAUGUAUUUCUUCGGCUAUCCACAUAGAUAUUCCUCCUUUGGCCUCUUGGAGGAGGCUGUGUUACGAUUGAUGGCCCAGCAACAUCAGAAAUGGUCUGGCCAUAUGGUUGGAUACGCCAAAAGUCUCACAGAGACAACCAUUAAAGUGAACGACGCGUUUCUCGGUACCCAGAUGCUUACUCAGGUCAACUUCAUCAACGUGGUUUCUAAUCGCCACCUGUACCCAGCACAACAGAUCUUCCCUCUCUGCAUGUCCACCAUGGCCAUUCCGUUCGAGCGAGUGGUGAAGAUGGAGAAAUCAAACUGUGAUUUGAUCCUUGCCACAGAAGAUGGGUACCACCCGGUGAAUGAUCUCGCGGACGGAGACUGGCUUAUGGGAGACUUGACAGACGACCAGCAUGUAGCUCUUCGUAAAAUGAUCAGUCAAGCCUCGCCAGUUCAGCCAUAUCAGAAAGUCGACGAAGACUGGCACAACUCAGAUCUCCUUGAAUUACCAAAGCAAAAAGAAGCGCUCAUAAUGCAUAUGAGAUGUUCUUCUGGUACCGAGGCAGAAACCGAGAACGCAAGCUACUUUCUGGACAAGAACAGAAGCGGCAUAUACGAUCCGUUGCUGUACAUGAAGUUCGACGCUCAUGAUACUCGGUUCAACAACUGUGACGCUAUGCUGCGGACAUUUCUUGCACGAUUCCUAAGCAACAGAAUGCAGACUGGCAGUUUCGUGAGCAGACCAUUGGAUACAUUUGUCAGAUGCGAAGCGCUGCACCGAACAAAUUUGUUUAGCGAGCUGUGGGAUAUACAGGGCACAAAGGCUCUACAGGCUGGUUUCUACGUCCUGGGAUGCCUUGAUGAAUGUGACGAGUCUUCGAUAUGGUUUCUUUCCGAGAUUCACAAACUUCUUUCCAGGAGCGAAAAUUGUUUCAGGAUGUUGAUAACCACGACAAAAGGAACGAAAGGAGACAUGGAUAUUGCCUCUAUGUUAUCGAAGUUUCCUCAAGAGCUCGUUAAGACUAUUGAGUGCCGUCCCAAGAAGCCUGCGUCAUUUCCUGUCAAGACCAGAGCAUCUCGAGUCAUAAGUCAGCUGGGGGCCUGUGCUGGGACUGACCUGCAUCAAGAUGUACAACGCAUACUCUCAAGUUGUGAAGAUGACUAUGAUCUGAGCGAGUUGGUCGUUGAGUGGCUCGGAUCAGAUACGGAGAAAAUCGCUCGUGCCAAAACACUGCUCGACAAAACCCUCACACCAGCUCUACUCUUUACAGAGAUACUAGAAGACAUUACCGAGGCUCUUCGACCCUGGGCCAACUUUCUGCUGUCUUGGCUUCUGGUUUGUUACAGGCCUCUGCUAUAUGAUGAGUUCUGCCGCGUCUCUGAUGUUGUGUGGUUUCACUUAAGGGGGAGUGAAACUACACGCCCAGCUUCAGUUGAUAUCCGACGCCAUUUUCACGGGCUGAUCACUUCUGUGAAUGGAGAGAUCAGAUUCAGACACCCGGCUACCCGCUCAUGGCUUAAAAGCCACAGCUCUACCAGCAGUGAAGAGUUGUGGUAUGAUGUAUCUGAGACUGGCUGCCAUGAGAGGGUGCUGCAGGCUUGCAUAGCCUAUAUCCAAGAUGCAGCUAGGAGGCCAGAAGAUGCGAUCCAGUCUAUUCCCUAUAUUCUUGAAUUCUGGCCCAAACACUGGCAUAUGACAGGGAAAUCCGAAACAGAAAUCUUGGACUUGUUUGAGAACGACUUAUUAUUUCGAUUCUGGACCAAGUCACUUUUCGCUUUAUCCAAUAUUCAACUGAAGCCUUCGCCAGCAAAUGUCAAGGCUCUUCCUGUUGCAGCUCACUUGGGCCUUGCAACUGUUGUAGAAGCGCUUGUCGAAAGAAACAAAGACAUGGCCGAUGACAGAGGUCAGGCAUUGGUUGAGGCUUGCAGAGCGGGACACGACACAGUCAUCAGGGAUCUAAUGGGCUCAUACUCAGAUGGUCUCGAUGUUGGGGAUGACCAUCUACAUGAAGCUGCCAGAGUUGUAAGCCUAUCAUACAACGAUGAAGCACUCAGGGAGCUUGUCAAGGGGUUACCUGAGUCUUUAAAAUCCCCCCUGAAGGCAGAAGAGUCUGAAGAGAAGCUCAAGGUAGUGGAGAAUCAGGAGAAGAACAUUAUCCAAGAACAUCCACCGGCAGAGGUGACAAGGGACGAUCAGGAGGCUACAAACCUUGAGCCUGAUGAGCAUACUUCCGGCCCAUAUGAUUGGCUUAUGAUGCCAAUGCACAGAGCAGUCAGGUCAGGAAUGAUUGAUGUUGUCACCAAAUUACUCGAACUGGGAGUAGGGCCUGAACCCACAAAAGGCACGACCCCUAACGGCAGUAGCUUCAUCUACACAACAUUGAUCAACUCCCAUGUGAACAUCGCCAAGCUGCUUGUCGAUGCAGGAGCAAGCCCAUCAGCUAAGAAUAUACAGGGAUAUACUCCGCUGCAUGUAGCCGCCCGGUGGUCUUCUGGCGACACAGUCGAGUUCUUGCUCUCAUGCGGUGUUUCCAUAGCCGACAGAGACUUGGUGGACCGCUCGGCCUUGGAAAUAGCUGUUAUUUGGGGAGAUUUUACUACUCUAGAGGUCAUGCUCUCGCGUAAGGACGAGAUUGAGCGCAUGGAGUAUGAGCCAGACUUACACCCGGUAAAUCUCGCUGUCGAGAACGAGAAUAAGAGGUGUCUGGCGCUUCUUCUCAGCCAUGGCUUUAACCCCAACAUUGUUACCCCGAAGGGUGACACGGCGUUGAGGAUGGCUAUUCAGGCUAGAAGGCUUGAUAUUUGCAAGAUGUUGCUGGAGAGCAAUGCUGAUCCAGAUCUGACGCCCGAUAAAGUUAAUACGCCCCUUAUCCAGGCGAUUUCUGAGGGAGACUUGGAUAUCGUCAAGCUGCUCAUCGAGAACAAAGCCACGAUAGACAAGCGUGAAGCGCCACCUGAUGACGGAUGGUCACGCACACCGAUGCAAGUGGCCGUCGACUGGAACCGUCCUGAGAUUGUCCAGUAUCUUAUUGAGAAGGGAGCAGACCCCGAUGCUCGAGACUCGGACGGAAUCCCAGUGAUAGGCUCUGCGGUAAGCGGCGGACAUACAAACAUGGUACAGUGGCUAGUGGGUGCAAAGGCAGACGUGAACGUCAUCUACCACGAAAACAAAACCACGCCGCUACACGAAGCGUGUCCCCAUCCUGAGAUAGUUCGUAUCCUUCUCGAGCACGGCGCAGACAUCAACAAGGGCAACGCAGACUCACGAACAGCACUGAACUUUGCCAUUUGUUCAAACCAUCUCGCCACUGUUCAAGUUCUUCUUGACGCCAAGACUAAGCCUGAUAUCAAUGCAGCCGCGAUCUACGGGGAUUUACGCAUGGCGAUCUCUGACGGGUACAUUGGGAUUGUUGAGGCGAUGCUCGAAGCUGGCGUUGACGUCAACAAUACCAAUGAGAAGGGCGAAUCACUACUGGCGAGUGCUAUCAAGCUUAAUGUGCACAGUGCCAUGAUCCGCAAGAUUCUCGAAUACAAUCCUGAUCUGGAAAUAAGAGACAAGAAGGAGAAUACGGCACUUCACUGCAUUUCCAGAUUCACAACCCUCGAGACGGUCCGACUUGUUGUCAACGCUGGUGGAAGACUAGACGUGUUGAAUUCUGAUAAGAAUACGCCAUUGAUUAUGGCUAUUGGGGCUGAGAUGGAUGAUGUGUUCUUCUAUAUGCUGAAAAAGGAGCCUUCGCUACUGACGCAGAACUUUAUAACGUCCCAGCAAAGGGUCUCAGCGCUUCACGAGGCGUGUAGGUUUGGAUCACUGGCUAUGGUUCGGUCACUGAUAGACCACGACAUGGACAUCAAUUCAUGCUGCGAAGGGCUGUAUGGAACACCCCUGAUAUCAGCAACACUCCGCAGCGACCUACUGUCAUCUCCCCUAGCCAGCGACAUCAUCGCUCUUCUCCUCGUGAACGGAGCAAACCCAAGGACUACAGGGGGUUUAUUCCAAUACCCUCUCAUCUCAGCAUGUCUAUCUUGCCCAGCCGAUACUAUCAAACUGCUCCUCAACUCAGACACCUCGCCCCAAGAUCAGGACUCCUUGAAUCGCAAGGCAGUCCAUCUGGCGUGCUAUAAUUCUCUUGCGGUUGUCAACCUCCUGGAGAUUCCUGACUCGGACUUUGCGGUUAGGGAUGUGGCUGGCCGAGUACCUUUACACUAUGCUGUGAUGACAGAGGAUGUCCAACUGUUGGAGGUAGUGCUAGAACGCUCUGAGAGGGUUGGUGUUGGGAUUGAUGUGAAGGACGAUGAUGGUUGGACACCACUGCUCUGGGCUGCUCGUGCAGCACGGAUCUGGAAUCGACAGCUCGAGGGCGAGGGUUCGGCCAGUGUUAUGAUAGCAUUCCUCUUGAAGCAUGGAGCUGAUCCUGGUAUCAAGGGGUGCGGUGUUGACAGAGAUUGGACAGUCUGUGAGGUGGCAUACUAUCACCACGCCGACUUCGUCGAAGACUUAAUAGACCAGCCAACUCAUAUGAAAAUCAGGUCCAGAAAACGGGGUAGUGCUCCAGAGUCUCACUACUGUGAUUGUUGUUUGAUCGAGUCUCAUGGUAUUUUCUUCGACUGUCAGAUUUGCUUUGACUUCAGUCUUUGUUUCAAAUGCCACAGGAAUGCUGACAAGAUACAUCCUGAACAUUCGUCGUUUGUUCGAUGUGGGAGUGAGUGGGUUGAAGAUGAUGUUCCCAAGGAUGAGGAUGUUCAGGAGAUUAGUUUGGAUGAUGGUAUUGGCGAUCAGGAUGUGCUGUUGGACCUAGAGGAAAUCCCCUACGAAGACUUUGAUAGCGAGGUCUCAGAAUAG